GCGUGGCCGAGGCUCCCAGCCGGCGGCGGCGGCGGCGGCGGCGUGAGGGGACCGGGAGGGUCCGGGCAGCCGGGAAAGGAUUCUGGUGGACAGUGCCUCGUCCAAGCCAUGGCCACACACCUCAGAUCGGCUGGCAGGAGCUGCACCGUCAUCGGGGGCUCGGGGUUCCUGGGGCAGCACAUGGUGGAGCAGCUGCUGGCCAAGGGCUACCGGGUCAACGUCUUCGACAUCCAGCAGCGGUUUGAGAGCCAGCAGGUGACCUUCUUCCUGGGAGACCUGUGUGACAAGGAGGCUCUGCUGCCAGCCCUGCAGGGAGUGUCCGUGGUGUUCCACUGUGCAUCACCAGCCCCUUCCAGUGACAACAGGGAGCUCUUCUACAAGGUGAAUUUUAUGGGAACCAAGGCGGUGAUCGAAGCCUGCAGAGAAGCUGGAGUGCAGAAAUUGGUGUUAACCAGCAGUGCCAGUGUAGUUUUUGAGGGCACAGACAUAAAAAAUGGCUCAGAGGAUCUCCCCUAUGCACAAAAACCCAUUGAUUACUACACAGAGACCAAGAUCCUGCAGGAGAAGGAGGUGCUCAGCGCAAACGACCCAGACAACAAUUUCUUCACCACCGCAAUCCGUCCCCAUGGAAUAUUUGGUCCCAGAGACCCUCAGCUGGUCCCCAUCCUCAUCCAGGCAGCUAGGAGUGGCAAAAUGAAGUUCAUCAUCGGGGAUGGGAAGAACUUGGUGGAUUUCACCUACGUGGAGAACGUGGUGCACGGGCACAUCCUGGCUGCAGAGAAGCUGCACAGAGGCUCUCCCCUGUGUGGGAAGGCCUUUCACAUCACCAACGACGAACCAAUUCCCUUCUGGACGUUCAUGUCCCGGAUCCUGACCGGCCUGGACUACGACCCUCCCAAGUACCGCAUUCCCUACUGGCUGGCCUAUUACCUGGCCCUGCUGCUGGCCCUGCUGCUGGCCCUGCUCAGGCCCCUGGUGACCAUCAAGGCCACCUUCACGCCCAUGAGGGUGGCGCUGGCCGGGACCUUCCACUACUACAGCUGCGAGCGGGCCAAGAGGGCCAUGGGCUACAGCCCCGUGGUCAGCCUGGACGAGGCCAUCGCCAGGACGGUGCAGAGCUACCCCGGCCUGCGCAGGGCCAGGGCCUGACAGCCCUGCCUGCAGCCUCUCCCCACCUCUGCUGACGGCUCAGGGUGGAGCACGUGGCACCAGCAACCGGGAGUUUUUCCCGAAGCCUCUGCUCCUCCCGUGUGGGAGGUGUCGUCUCUUGGACGUGGCUUUGUGUUUGGAAACGGCUGCUGAGCUCUCCGGGCUGUGAAUCAACACCUCUUCAAUCCCGGGCGGGCACAGCAGCAUUCCUGCUGCCCUCCCUCCGCCCUCGGCCCGUGUUUUGUUGCUCUGGUGACAGCAGCCAUUCCCUUGGCAGAGCUGGGUCACAAACGCUUCCCCUGGCUGCCUCCCCUCCGGGCUCUGGCUUUGCUCUCCACGCGAGAGCCCCGUGCCGAGAACGGAGUUCUGCCACCGCCUCUUAAUUCGUUGCAGCUCCUUUGGUUUUCCCUCCAUGAUCAGGGGGUGAUUUGGCUUUUCCCUGAGGCAGCAGAAGGAGUGCGUUGCUUUGUCUGUGCAGGAGUUGUUUCUGUCCCGGAAGAACCCAAAUAAAUCGCACAGAGAUGA